CACACACAUUUGUACACACACUCUCACACUGGAGCCAGCAUUCAAGAUGCAGCAGCAAGAAAGCAUGUCUUCUGAUUCCCUGUCAGAUGUGCGGUGUCCAUCAAGACACUGGAUGUCACGUGGUCACUCCUGUGAAGAGCGAACUGUGUGGAACCCGAAGUACUGUGUGGUUGCUGACUGUCAGAUGCUGCUUCUGAAUGAGGAGGAGGUGAUCCGUCCCUUGUUUUUGCAGGAGAAGCGCUCUGCGUCAUGCAAGGUCCAUCUUCUGCGACGCACCAUCAGCGUUCCAGUGGAAACACAGUUUCCAGAACUCCAUAGCCAGCUGUCCACUGAGAGCGAUGGAGAGCUUGGUGCUUUGUAGCACUCCAGUGUACUUGGAAUGUUUCAUCAUAACCACUAAGGCAGACAUUGAUAAAGGCUUCGGUCUCUUUCAAACUGCAGGUGUCAUGUUGCACUCUCCCUAUUGCUUUUAUGAAAAUGUAGUGCCGGUAAUAUAACACAGUUACUCUCUGCAUAUAUCACUAUGUACACUUACUUCUAUGGAAAAGAUGGAGCGCCACAGUGAA